GACGAAGAAGAAGACGACGAAGAUCCCCGUCCUACCAAACGCAAAUACAAUCCUUUCAUUGAUGAAAUGGCCAUUGUCGAUGACGAUGAAGAUGAGGAAGAAGAAGAGGACGAUUACACUCGUGAAGAUGGCUUCAUUGAGGAAGAAAACGAAGAGGUUCCUUCAGCCACCGCCAUUCAGCGUCGUCAUUUGGAUCUUGAUCGUCGACGAAGAGAAGUCGAAGAUAUGGACGACGAACAGGUCGCGGCAUUUUACGCUCAAAAAUACGGUGGACGAAAAUCGCAGUCCUUCAAGACCUCCGAGGAAGUGCCGCAGCAAUUGCUUUUACCUAGUGUCAAUGACCCCAAUUUAUGGAUGAUCAAAUGCAAGCCUGGUAAAGAACGCGACGUUAUUCUCGGCUUGAUGAAACGUUACUUUGAUCGACAGUACAGCGAUGCUCCACUGGAAACGUUUUCUGCCUUUGCCAGAGAAUCCUUGAAAGGUUACAUCUACAUUGAAGCACGAAGACAGGCGCAUGUGCAACAGGCUUUGGCCAACAUCCCCUUUGUCUACCAUUCCACUUUGAUGCUGGUGCCGAUCAAAGAUAUGAUUGACUCCAUCAACGUGCAAAAGAAGGAUGUCGAAAUUCCCUUGGGUGGCUAUGUCCGAGUCAAACGUGGCAAGUAUGCCGGUGAUAUCGCCCAAGUGCUUGAAGUCUCGGAUGCUCAAGACAGCGUUCGUGUGAAACUGGUUCCACGUUUGGAUCUUCAAUCGAAUGAGGACGAUCCAGGCUUGAAACGUAAAAAGGGUGCCAAUGCAAGACCGGCCCAACGACUAUUCAACCCCGAGCGACUCGGCAAUCGAUUUAUCUCCAGUUUGCAAAAGAAGGGUCCUUACUGGGUUUUCAACAGCGAUCAUUUCCGUAACGGUUACCUUGAGAAGCAUAUGAAGGUCGUUGCACUGCAAAUUGAGGGAGUCAAUCCCACUUUGGAUGAGUUGGCUAAAUUUGCAGGCGGGGGCGAAUUGAACAAUGAGGAUGGCGAGUCGAUGAUUGAUCUGUCCACGCUUUCGACCCAAGCCGUCAACAAUGCACAGUCGGCGGCGCUCUUCCAGGCAGGCGAUACAGUGGAAGUCACGGAAGGCGAUAUGAUUCACAGUACGGGUGUGGUGGAUAGUGUGAACGAUUCAUCGGUGGUUGUGCUUUUGGACGUGGAAGGAUUCCGAAAGAGUGUCACCCUGCCGCCAAGACAACUACGUAAAAAGUUCAAAGAAGGUGAUCACGUCAAAGUCAUCAAUGGUCGAUUCAAGGAUGAAAGUGGCAUGAUCGUCAACGUCAAUGAAAAUGUCAUUACCAUGCUCUCCGACGCUACCAUGAAGGAAGUCAAAGUAUUUGCCAAGGAUUUGCGAGAAGCCGCCGAAGUCACUUUGGGCAAAACCAUGAUUGGCAAUUACGAAUUGCAUGAUCUCGUCCAAUUAGAUUUUUACACCGUGGGUGUCAUUAUCAAAAUUGAUCGUGACUCUUUCAGAGUCUUGACACAGAAUGGCGAAGUGCGUACCGUGCAACCUCAUCAGAUCACCAAUAAGCGUGACAGCAAACGUGCGGUGGCCACAGAUGGUAACGGCAAUAGCAUCCGUUCCGGAGAUACCGUGGUGGAAGUGAGUGGGGACCGACGACGGUGCACAGUACUUCAUCUGUAUCGUCAUCUUGUGUUCUUACAUUCUCGCGAAAAUACCGAAAACUUUGGUGUCUGGGUGAAUACCACACGAUCCGUCGUCAGUGUUCAGGCCAACAACCGACCACAGAAUGCCAUGGCACCAUCACGGCCAUCGGCUUACGGUAAUAAUGCCAUGGGAGCUGGUAGAGGCGGUUUCGAUCAACGUGGACGUGGUCGGGGUGGCGCUCGUGGUGGUUUCUACGGUCGUGGCCGCGGCGGACGAGACAAUUUAGUGGCCAAGACGGUCCGAAUUGCCCAAGGUCCUCACAAGGGCUACCUUGGUAUUGUCAAGGAUACCACCGAUACAAUGGCUCGUGUAGAACUGCAUACCAACUGUAAAAUCAUUAACGUCGACAAGGCCAAGCUGGUCCUUGUGGACAGUCAAGGAGGUACAAUUGGUCCGGUCAUGGAAUCCCGAGAUCGCUUUGGUGCGCCGCAAAACGAGUUUGCUGCACCUUCUGCUACACCAAGACGGUACGGUGACGGCAGCAUGACACCUAUGCAUCACAUGUCGGGAGCAAAAACACCAGCUUGGAAUUCCGGUGCGCGAACGCCCAAUCCUUACGCGAUGGAUGGCGGCAAAACGCCUGCGUGGGAUUCGGGUAGCAAGACGCCUAACCCUCACGCAUUCAAUGACGGUGGCCGAACGCCGGCUUGGGAAUCCGGCAGUAAAACGCCCAUGUGGGGAGCCGAAACGCCUCAUUGGGGAAGCUCCAGUGCAAAGACUCCCGGCUUCAAUGAAGCGGGCAGUAAAACACCAUCCUUAUGGAGCAGUCGAUAUCAAGACACCGAGGCUGCUCCCACACCGGCAGCCCACUCACUCACCGCACCCACACCCGCAUCCUCUUAUGGCCAUGUAGCUCCAUCCCCCGCUCCCUACCCACAAACCCCAGCAGCCAAUUUUGCUCCUACACCUUUCGAAGAUGCACCUACACCAUACGACACAGCACCUACCCCUGGGGCCAACCUUAUUCCUGCGACUCCAGCGGCGCUUAGCGCACCGACCCCGGCCGCACACAUGCUUUCCGCACCUACACCAGGCUCUUAUUUGCCGACCACACCUGCCACCACCAUUCCGCAAACACCAUUUAUGCCCAGUGGUGGUGAUUACGGUCACAUUGAUGAAGCAGAAAACAAUACGGCCGACUGGCCAAUUGAAGAAAUCGAAGUCAGAGUCAUUUCGGGUGGUCAUGGUGCCAAUAAGGGACAGUUGGGUUCGGUGAUUCAAGUGAACAUGAACGCACGUACAUGCAAGCUGAAUCUCCUGGAUAACAACACAUCUGCGACGUUACCCUUCGACAGCAUAGAGCCUGUGCGACCGAGUAAAAAGGAUAACGUUAAGAUUAUCCUAGGCGAGCACCGUGGCGAACUGGGUUCGUUGAUUGGUGUAGACAGCCAUGAUGGUAUUGUGCGCAUCCGAGGUGGCGGUGGUGGUUUCAAAAUUAUGGGCAUGACAUCUCUGGGCAAAUACACAGGCACUGAAGAUGUGAUGUAAUUUUUUUUUCCUUUGACAGAAAUCAAAGAAAAAAUCAUCAUGUUAUUUACACAUAUACAUACUACUUUCUCCUUUCAACUGUCUUUUCGUUUUGGAUUUCUACAGUAAACGUCUACAUAGCCGUGUUGUUAUUUUCCUGUGUGCUCGGAUUAAGUUUGCUUGUGAAUAUAGCGAGUCAUUUUGAAAUAUGAAAAGGGGAAAGAUGUUUUUCAGUUUACAAGAUGUAAAUAUCAUUUUGAUGAUGGAUUGGAUUUUGUACAUUCCCAAGUA